AUGUCCGCCUCCAAGGAAUUCACCCUGCAGGAGAUCUCCCAGCACAACACCAAGAAGGAUCUCUACCUCAUCGUCCACGACAAGGUCUACGACUGCUCCAGCUUCGUCGACGAGCACCCUGGUGGUGAGGAGGUCCUCCUCGAUGUAGCCGGCCAGGACAGCACAGAGGCCUUCGAGGAUGUCGGCCACAGUGACGAGGCCCGCGAGAUCCUCGAGGGUCUCCUGGUCGGUACUGUGAAGCGCCUGCCCGGCGACCCUGCCCCCCGCCCUAAGCCUGCCUCCUCGACCUCUGGUACCACAGGCGCUGCUUCCUCGUCCAACGGGUUCGGCAUGUACGCCGUCCUGGUUGUCUGCGCUGCCGUCGCUUACGGUGCCUACCAGUACCUCCAGGCAAAUUCUCAGCAUAGAGGGGCGAUUGGCUGCUGUCUUUUUUUUUUUUUUUUCUUUUCUUUCUGCCCCCUUUUUCUCCCUUUAUUAUAUCCUUUGUCAAAUAGACAGCUUCUGAAUAUGUCUUGGUUCUGUUCAGAUUCCCCCUCUUGCAGUGGUGGCAGGUGGUAUACUGGCUCACUCCUGCUCUCAACAGUGGAGUGCGCUAUGGAUGAUCCAGAUAGACAGAAAGAUGAUAAAUUUAGGACAAGAAAGAAUAGAAAGUAG